AUGCUCAGUUGCUACUUCGUUCACGCUCGCCAUCUAUUUAUGAAGGUCCCGACGCAAUGCGUAGUGUUCGGUAGUCCGUUCCCCGUGUCGUGCUAUGUUUUGGCUCAUUUACUGGACGCUCCUUUUCCGUACGACGUGCUAGAAAGCCAUUUUUUCUCUCAAGGUGGCGUGUUGGACAUCCAUCUCGAAGCGUUUAUCUCCUAUGCUGUUGUUCGGAUGCGAAACGUGUGGAUAUACGCCGCAUUUUCAAGUAUCACGUUGAUCGCGCAGUAUCGCUCGACAUCGUUUAGAUCGUCUAAAAUUCUUAGAAUGAUGGUACUUCCUUCUAAUUUAAGUCGAGCGUGGGUGACUACGAAAUACCAGUACAGCUUCGCGCAUCGAGGAAGUGGCAGUGUGUUACUCGGCGGUGUGAUUAUAGAUUUGAAAUUUCGUAAUUUGCUUCUGGUUUUUCUAGCUCCGACUCCUGUGCCGUACUCGGCUGGAGUCUUAUGCCCUACUGUGAGUAUGUGUGUUCAUUGGACAAGCGAUUUCUUUUGUAUCCGAGAUGAGACGUAUCAACGACUCAGAAAAUACAAAUACAGUGCCCCUACUGCACGUAUAAAUAUGAAUACUUUCCGGUAUAUCCAGCAUCAAAUGAAGUGUUUACAUGGCCGAUCCGAUGAUGUCGAAGCGAACGUUGCAUUCAUGAACGCUGUGCUAAUGAGUGACCCUAUCGCGUAUCUGCGAACUGUACUUGGGCGAGAUCCAUCGACUGAAUUGGCUUAUUAUCAAUCGCUCUUGCGUCCGCGGCAGGUCGUUCUUCUGCCUGUAGUCGUGGUGGGAGAUCACAACGAGUACACGGGAAAGUUGAAGCUACUUCGACGAGUUAAUGCGUCGGAACUCACUUGGCCGGAACUCGUACAAUGCGGAUGA